GCUAGACGAUCAAGGGGCAAAGCCUCGGUCUUCAUAGAAAAGGAGAGCAGGCAGACGCAGCCCAAACUGGGGGGUUUCUCUUCAAAGCCAGCUGGUCUGGCUUUAUUCUACAGGAAUUUUUUUACCUGUCAGAGUUUGGACAACAAAACCCUCAGCGGGUGCUGACGGGUGCAACUUCCUGGAGAAGCAAGAAAGGCGCUGGUGCCAAAGAAUUGUAAACUGUGAAGUAACUCCCAUGAAGAGAUGAAGUAAAGAAUGGAAAGCAAAUGACGGAGGCAGUGAAGAAGUGUAUGUGCAGGAACGAAUGCAGGAAUUUGGGAACUGAGCUGUGCAAGUGCUGAAGAAGGAACUUUGUUUGAAGGAAACAGGGAAGAGAAAGAAAAGGAAGGAAAAAAUACAUAAUUUCAGGAACGAGAGAGAGAAGAAAAACGGGGACUAUGGGGAGAAAAAAGAUUCAGAUUACGAGGAUUAUGGAUGAACGUAACAGACAGGUGACAUUCACGAAGAGGAAAUUUGGGCUGAUGAAGAAGGCUUACGAGCUGAGUGUGCUGUGUGACUGUGAGAUCGCCCUGAUCAUCUUCAACAGCACCAACAAGCUGUUCCAGUACGCCAGCACCGACAUGGACAAGGUACUGCUCAAGUACACGGAGUACAACGAGCCACAUGAGAGUCGGACAAACUCAGACAUCGUGGAGACGUUGAGAAAGAAAGGCCUUAAUGGCUGUGACAGCCCAGAUCCUGAUGCAGACGAUUCAGUAGGUCACAGCCCUGAGUCUGAGGACAAGUACAGGAAAAUUAACGAAGAUAUUGAUCUAAUGAUCAGCAGGCAGAGAUUGUGUGCCGUUCCACCUCCUAAUUUUGAGAUGCCCGUCUCCAUCCCAGUGUCCAGCCACAACAGCUUGGUUUACAGCAACCCUGUCAGCUCCUUGGGGAAUCCCAACCUUCUGCCUCUGGCCCACCCGUCCCUGCAGAGGAAUAGCAUGUCUCCUGGCGUGACACACCGACCUCCGAGUGCAGGCAACACAGGUGGUCUGAUGGGCGGAGACCUUACAUCCGGUGCAGGCACCAGCGCAGGGAACGGGUAUGGCAAUCCCAGAAACUCACCAGGUCUGCUGGUCUCACCUGGUAACUUGAACAAGAAUAUGCAAGCAAAAUCUCCUCCCCCUAUGAAUUUAGGAAUGAAUAACCGUAAACCAGAUCUCCGAGUUCUCAUCCCACCCGGCAGCAAAAACGCGAUGCCAUCCGUGUCGGAGGAUGUCGACCUGCUUUUGAAUCAAAGGAUAAAUAACUCCCAGUCUGCUCAGUCAUUGGCCACCCCAGUGGUUUCCGUAGCAACCCCUACUUUACCAGGACAAGGAAUGGGAGGCUAUCCAUCAGCCAUUUCAACAACAUAUGGUACCGAGUACUCUCUGAGUAGCGCGGAUCUGUCAUCUCUGUCUGGGUUUAACACGGCCAGCGCGCUUCACCUUGGCUCAGUAACCGGCUGGCAACAACAACACCUCCACAACAUGCCACCAUCUGCCCUCAGCCAGUUGGGAGCUUGCACUAGCACUCAUUUAUCUCAGAGUUCAAAUCUCUCCCUGCCUUCUACUCAAAGCCUCAACAUCAAGUCAGAACCUGUUUCUCCUCCUAGAGACCGUACCACCACCCCUUCGAGAUACCCACCACACACGCGCCACGAGGCGGGGAGGUCUCCUGUUGAUAGCUUGAGCAGCUGCAGUAGUUCCUACGACGGGAGCGACCGAGAGGAUCACCGGAACGAAUUCCACUCCCCCAUUGGACUCACCAGACCUUCGCCGGACGAAAGGGAAAGUCCCUCAGUCAAGCGCAUGCGACUCUCUGAAGGAUGGGCAACAUGAUCACAUGAUUACUUAAUGGUUUUUUUUUUUUUUUUUCUUGCAGUGUGUGUGUGUGCUAUACCUUAAUGGGGAAGGGGGGUCGAUAUGCAUUCUAUGUGCCGUGUGUGGAAAACAAAAAAAGUCAGGUACUCUGUUUUGUAAAAGUACUUUUAAAUUGCCUCAGUGAUACAGUAUAAAGAUAAACAGAAAUGCUGAGAUAAGCUUAGCACUUGAGUUGUACAACAGAACACUUGUACAAAAUAGAUUUUAAGGCUAACUUCUUUUCACUGUUGUGCUGCUUUGCAAAAUGUAUGUUACAAUAGAUAGUGUCAUGUUGCAGGUUCAACGUUAUUUACAUGUAAAUAGACAAAAGGAAACAUUUGCCAAAAGCGGCAGAUCUUUACUGAAAGAGAGAGCAGCUGUUAUGCAACAUAUAGAGGAAAAAAAAAUGUAUAGAAGUCUGGACAGACCCACCAGUGGGUGGCCAUUGGUAAAUGUUAGGGACACAGCUGUCCCCUAACAUCGGGAAGUGCGCUCACAAACCUGCAGGCAAAUCAUUGGCGUAUGGCACUCAUUAAAAAGGAUCAAAGACCAUGAAAAGAGGACCAUACCUAUUUAAAAAAAAUUAAAAAACAAAAAAAAAAAAACAAGGAAAAACAGAAAACAAAAAACAAAAAAGUGGAGUUUGAGAGCUAACGUAUUUAAUUAAAUAAAUAAAUCUGGGUCUGCAUCUCUUAUUAAAUAAAAAUAUAAAAAUAUGUACAUUACAUUUUGCUUAUUUUCAUAUAAAAGGUAAGACAGAGUUUGCAAAGCAUUUGUGGCUUUUUGUAGUUUACUUAAGCCAAAAUGUGUUUCUCCCCCUCGAUAGCUUCGCUAAUAUUUUAAACAGUCCUGUAAAAAACCAAAAAGGACUUUUUGUAUAGAGAGCACUACCCUAAGCCAUGAAGAACUCCAUGCUUUGCUAACCAAGAUAACUGUUUUCUCUUUGUAGAAGUUUUGUUUUUGAAAUGUGUAUUUCUAAUUAUAUAAAAUAUUAAGAAUCUUUUAAAAAAAUCUGUGAAAUUAACAUGCUUGUGUAUAGCUUUCUAAUAUAUAUAAUAUUAUGGUAAUAGCAGAAGUUUUGUUAUCUUAAUAGUGGGAGGGGGGUUAUAUUUGUGCAGUUGCACAUUCGAGUAACUAUUUUCUUUCUGAUUUCUUUUACUCUGCAUACGUUUUAUAAGUUCAAGGUCAGCUGUCAAAAGGAUUAACCUGUGGGGUUAGGACAUAUCACUCUGCAGCACCCUAAAUUGUUCCUGAUACAUUAGCAAUGUAUUUGGCCAACUGACAUCCAUUGUAUAUACUACUUAGUUUCCUUCAUGCUGUUUUUGUUUUGUUUUGUGCAUUUUUAUCAAAUGCAGGGCCCCUUUCUGAUCGUACCAUAUCACCAUGCAUCUUGGAAUUCAGUAAGUGCGGAUCCUACCUUGCCCCAUAUCCUAAAUUACACGGUUGAGUUUCAGCCUAGGAUUUGAUAUGUUUCUUAGAAAUAUGCCAAGAAUAGAAAAGCUGUGCGGGGCACAUGUCAUGGAUGAGACCCUCGAAACAAGUGACAUGGAGUCUACUUGGUGAAUGAGUUAUAAAUUCCCACAGAAGGAAAUUGUGAAAUCCUGGGUGCUAGACAAGAAAGGAAGCAGAUAAAGGGAUAGUUGCUUUGUCAUCUAAUUUUGGUCAUUCUAACGGGCCCUUCACAACCUUGUCAGCCAUAUAGGACUGUUGAACAAUCCCAGUGUGUCAGGACCCCCAUUGUCACUUCUGCAUAAAGCAUGUAUGUCAUCUAUUUUUCUUCAAUAAAGAGAUUUAAUAGCCAUUUUGAGAAAUCCCAUUAAAGAACCUCUCUAUGUCCCUUUUUUAAAAUUUUUCAAGGAAAUAUGACUGUUGUCUAAUAUCUGUCUAUAAGGGAUUAAUUUUCAGACCCUUUAAAAGUGAGUGCCAUAAAAAGUCAAUCUAUAUAUUGUUUAGAAGAUGUUUCAGUCUAAGAAUGAUUUCCUUCUCUUGGGAUGUGAAGAUCUGUCCAUUCAUCUCCAAUCACACACGCUGACAUACACAGCAAGGAAGACAUAGACAGGAACAGCAGCACGGCUACAUCAUGUGGAGGACAUUUCUUGUCCAUUUACUUUUUUUUCCUUUUACUUGCAUAGUUGCUAUGUGUUCCUCAUUGUAAGAGGCUGCCGCUGGGUGGCAGAAGCCAAGAGACCUUAUUAACGACGCUAUAUUUUUCUUAACUUGAUCUGCAAUCCAUAAUUAGACCACAGUGAACCUUAGGUUGUAUCCAGAUAGGAUGCUAGCCUGCCUUGUACUAAUGUUUUAUAUACUAAAAAGUUUUUUUAAAAAUCAAUCACUUCAUAUAUAUCCCACUACUAAAGGUAUCCAUGGAACAUGAAAGAAUAACAUUUAUGCAGAGGAAAACCAGAAAGUCAUCCCUAAAAAAUACACAAAUACACAUAACUUUCUCUCUGUCUACAUCUCUCUCUCUCUUUCUCUCUCUCUCUCUCUCUCUCUCUCUCUCUCUCUCUCUCUCUCUUUCUCUUACACACACAGAGGGGAAAAAAUAAAAUCAUUUUCCUCACCACGGACUUGAUCCCAUGCUCACAACUCAUCUUUAUAACUUGAUGUGUAUUAAAUAUGCAAGCAUAUCAUAAAUGUUCCUCACCAUCUUCAAAACAUUUUCAUUUUCCAGUAUCAGUAAAAUCUUACCCGUGGGUGGGAAAGGGUCAUUAAGUGAAAAUAUGAAGAAAUAGCCAUAUUAACUUUUUACCUGCAAUUUUGCCUCAGUGACAAAGAAAACACGAAAUUUCUGUCGCUGAAGAUAAAGUGAGCUAAAGUACCAGCAGAAGCCUUGGCUAUUUAUAGCAGUUCUGACAAGAGUUGUCUAAGAACAACUCCAAAAGAAUAGAGCCACCUGGAAAAAGGAUAUCAGUCCUCUCUUGUCCCGCUACUGAAGUCACACAAGUGGUGGCCAGAUAGUGAAGAGAUAAUCUGAGAUUUCUUAGAGAUGAUUGAAUGAGAAGCACAAUUUUUGUUACGAUGACUCAUUACUGUAAACAGUCACUGUCGUGUCUCUUUACCCUUAUGCCUUUUCUGUAAUGGACCGUUUGUUGUACUUGCAAAGCUAGUAUGGUUUCUAUCGCAGUAAAUCUUUUGUAUCCAAGAGGUUAGGGCAGAGCCCUGAGGGAGUAUAUGAUUUUAUGUUGCCCACCCUAGAGCCACGCUUUAGACAGGAUUCUUCCCUGGGAGUCAAAGAAACACAAGUGGCAUUUGACACAGCGACAGGUGGUGUUAUAGCUAAUCCUACUGUCAAAGAUUUGGGGUAACAGUGAAGCGUAAACACUGGUGACAGUGCUGCAGUAUACUCGGGCUGCACGACCUGUAUGUUGUGUGCAUUGGUGUGUGGAGGCUGUUCAUUGCGACCUUUUUAAAAGCUGUGUUUUUUAGUAAAAGGCUUAUUUUUUUCCCCAGAGGUGGAAUUUAACAUUUUGUAAUGAUGAAUAUGAAAACACCUGUCAUCCUUAGAUUAUAUAAAAGUUAACUAAAGUGAGGAUUUCUUUUUAAUCCUAAUUCGCUUCUUGUUCUUUUUGCUUUGUUUAGUUUUGGUACCUGGGGUCGAACUCACGACCUCGUGCUUGCCAAGCAGGCGCUUAUGCCGCUGAGCUAAAUCCCUGACACCCCCCCCCACCCAGUUUACUUGUUAAAAGAAUGUCUGCCCUCUCACUUGCUUAGGUAUUUGUUUUCCUUCCAUGCCCAGCUUUUAUCUUUGAGAUAGCAGUGUUUUGACCCCUUUCUCCCUUUUGUUUGCUUUUCCAGAGAGUCAAUGCCUUGUAUUCCUUUCUUUAAUUUUUUUUUGUUUUUUGUUUUUUUUGGGUUUUUUUUUUUGGUUUUUUUUUUUUUUUUUUUUUUUGUUAAAGAAGCCACUUGAACCCUCAAUAAAGGCAGUUGCCUAAGCAUGGCAUGCUUCAUCUGUUCUCCUCUCUGCCAUCUGCCAGGGUGUCGUCACUUGUGUGGCGUUAAUUUCCUGCCACUACAGAUCUUUUGAAGAUUGCUGGAAUACUAGUGUCUGUUCGAAUGCUUCAGACUGCACAUGUAAUGAAAGGCUUUUCUUAAUAUGUUUUAACCAAAGAUGUGGAGCAAUCCAAGCCACAUAUCUUCUCCAUUCAAUUUGUCCAUUUUGGUUCCUUUCAUAAUCGGGUAUUGCAUUUUGCCUUCCCUGUUCUUACCUCAAAUUGAUUCAUACCUCAGUUUCAUUCAGAGAGGUCAGCUAUGCGGCAGAGGCUGUUGUGGUUUGAAUGCAGCAUCAGUGCACUCUGGGAGCAAGUGGACCGGGGUCACUGUAGGCGUAGGACUUGCAUUGCUUCCAAUGGUUUGCUGUAUCAUUUUUCUUCUUCUUUUCUUCUUUUCCUGGGGACGCGUUUCCAUUCAAUGACAGUCAUUAAAAUAGCUUGUAAAUGAGGGCAUACAAGCAUUUGCAACAAAUACUCAAAUAGAGGCUCACAGCGGCAUAAGCGGGACUUUGCCGCCACUAGAUGACACGAUGUUAUAACUAACUUAAACCACAUCUGUGUAUCUCAAGGGACUUAAUUCAGCUGUCUGUAGUGAAUUAAAGUGGGAAAUUUUCAAAAGUUUCUCCUGCUGGAAAUAAGGUAUAAUUUGUAUUUUGCAGACAAUUCAGUAAAGUUACUGGCUUUCCUAGUGA